AUGGCCAGCAACAAUGUUUUGGCUUUCUUAUUUCUCGCAACCAUUGUCGGGACAAUGGUAGGAUGCAUUGAUGGCCAUCUUACCUGUCACAAUGUGGUUUCGAGAAUCAAACCAUGCCUCCCAUACUUAACAGCUAAAGGACCGGCUUUCGUAGCCCCAACAUGUUGUCCAGCGGUCCAAAGUCUAGAUAGGAGAGCUGGUCACCACAAGAAAGACCGUGUAACCGUUUGCGAGUGUCUUAGGGACCUCGUACUUUCCGGGGAGUACAAGUUUAACGUGUUGAAUGCAAUGACUCUUCCUUCUAUUUGUCAUCUUAAAACUGUUAUCAACCCUAUCAUUGACUGCCCUAAAUAA